UUCUAAUAUUCCCUGAGCAAAAACGAAGUUUCAAUUAUUUUUCGUCAAUCCAGUUUUACCGGUGCUGUUUAUUAUUUUUUAUUUUACGUGGACCGCAAUUGAAGGACGUGAUCUUGACUGAAUGAACGUCCUGCCGUGCUUAACGAGUCGCAGAAGUCAUCCAGCCAAGGUUACGAUGCAGAUGUUGUAUCGCUUGUAACACCUGCGGUGACAAGGGUUGAGUGGCUCGUUAAAAGCUGGGUGAAAGGAACGGAGAUAGCCAGCAAGAGAAUGGCCCAUUGGGUAGCGACAAAAAGUCGAUGGACAACGCUAGCCUUCGUGUUUGUUACACUCGCGUGUCUGCUUGGCGUGUCCUUCGGGGUCAAGGUCAGCGAAAGGUCGUUGGACGUUACGGAAGAAGUGACUGAGAAUUCUGAAAACAAUGAAAUCCAUUACGAUGACCCUCGAGAUGAGGAGGCUGAACAAUCCUCUUUUGCGACUCAGAUCCCUGACAUGGUUGAUCCGGGAAUCGAAAACCCUCAGACUCACCCCCAUUCGAUGGACGAUAAACCUACGAAACUCGAUCUAGAUAUCAGCGACAUGAUUCAUACCGAUCGCAAAAAUCUUCACGACGCUGAGGCAGAAAGACUCGGAAAUCUGUCGAGCGAAAGUCAUCCCAGCCACACUCUGGACCGAAUGGAUCAAGUAGACGAGUGCAGCGGUGGAGUUUCAAUGGCCUGUCUCAAAGAGUGUCUCUCUGAUAUUUUGGAAAAUAUGGAUAACUUUGAUGCCAUUAAUCUUACCGAGUCACUUCAAAUAGUGAAAACUAAAAACGCCACUGAUCCUAUCCGGGAUUUUAGAGUUAAUUUAGGAAAAUAUGAUAUUUUAGAUAAAGUUCACAGGUUCGCUAAAAAUCAUGUGCUGAGAAUUAGCAUGCCAAAUGAACUCGUGACUUAUCGCCAAGCGCGAACUUUCUUCGGAGCAUUUGGUCUCAAGAAGCUGUUGAUACCAUUAGUGAUUGGCGCCAAGUUGGUAAAGAGUGUCCUUCUUGCGCUCCUCCUGCCCAGUCUCAUUGGCAGUCUCGGUAAAAUCGUCGGAAAAGGGCUAUCGUCAUUUGCUCAAACUUCACAAGGCGCUACAGCUCAGCCUGAAGAAAACUUUGAGUUCAAGGACAAUUCCGAUUUGUACAGCGAGGAUUAUAUGACGCGACAACCAUUAGGGACUCUACCAGCUUCCGCUAUGUAUGACGAGAGUAUGCUCACAAAAAAACCGGAAAUAGCUUCGAGAUACUCGUUCGUCGAUCCUCGGCUUCCCAAUGUCAAUUUCUAUUCCGAUCGUUAUUACACAAGGCACGUAGCAUCUGGACUCCCCAAAAAGCAAGAUUUCAAGGUUUUCCACGAAAUCCCAACGAGUUCUCUGCUGCUGACGAACUACGAUCCAUUUUAUUCGCCAUUAUUGUCGCGUCUGGAUGCUGUUUUUUCGAGGUUGGGACACACAACGGAAGGUUGUCGAGAAUUUGCAGUUUGCGCGAUGUAUCGAAGUCCGGCGCGUUACGCACCGUAUUCGAAUCUCGUCUCAGCACAGUUGUCGAGGGAAUUGAACGAGCUCCGACGGCCAAGCAGCGAUAAUCCCGAUGUUUUGCGCUUCUUCAGAUACAUGAAGGCCGCCAAAGACGGACAGGAUGGCGUGAGGUGCGAGAACAUUUAUUCCUCUUGCGAAGUGGCACGAGACGAUCCGAGUCUCCGACAGAACCAAGCGAUGUUGGCGACCUAUCAGGACAUUGACAAACUGGUGCAAGCGCGGUUACCGGCGGUCUUUCACCCAGAGAAGAUGGUGAACAACGUGGUAGGAUUAUUAAUAGGGGCUUUGGCACUGUCGAUAACGUUACCGACUGCUCAAGGUCAAGCGAACGACCGAGUUACCUUCGAGGAUUCCCCGACCGAGGAGCGUGGAGAAAAAGACGGUGGCCAAACACCUUUUGACACCAACUCCGAAACUAACAACGUGAGAAAUCGGACUCGAGAGGGCAAGGAUCUCUUCGACUGGAUCGGCCUCGGUACAGGUCAUCACGUUGAUCCUUAUCUGGCCAAAAUUAAUCAGGCUUGUUUGGGUGGUGACUUCGCCGAAUGUUUCAAAUCCAGAGCACUGAACUCCUUUUCCCAAUUUUUCGAUCAAUCCGAAUACAGUGUGAACGACAAUGUUAGAGUUGUAAGAAUGCCUAGAGACGUUGUGCAGGAAGUGAAUCGUCAGCCGUACGAGUACACUGGAACGCCCAGAUCGGGGGAUACGGAAUGGGAUCAGCUGGUGCAAUUCGCAGUAAGGAAAGCCGAGAAGUUCGUCAAAACUGCGGCGUUCGAAGUCGAAGUUCCGUCCUGGGCUAGUGGCGAACACGAUGAAUACUCACCCAGAUUUUUGGAUGAAAUUGCGGACGAGAUCGAUACUUUGGAAAACAAAAAAGAUACUUUAUUCUCUCGAAACCGGUUGAAGCGUUUGUUCAUCCCAAUGCUGAUUGUCCUGAAGCUGUUCAAGUUGAAGCUUCUGUUAUUCUUGCCCCUGAUACUUGGGCUCGCAUCGUUCAAAAAGUUCCUCGGUUUCAUGGCAAUCGUGAUCCCAGGCCUGAUCGGUUUUUUCAAAUUCUUCAAGCCAAUGCUACAGAAUUAUCAGCCACCGAUUUACAGCCAAAGUGGCAUCGGUUUUCCACAUUACAAGGAGAGCUCGCUAAAUCACGGAUACCCCAUCGAGCAUUCCUCUUACCACGAGAAUCCGGGUGGAUAUCAUAACACGUAUCAGGGUGACUCGUUCGGGCAGGAUAUCGCGUAUCAGGGAUAUAGAACGUAUCAGAACUCGUAAAGUUAACUCAACCGGACGAACGAACAUGUUAAUUUUGAUGUUUACGAGAAAUGUACAUUGGAAAGCGUCUGAUGAACGCGUGUGAAAGCCAGUGAAUGUUACAACGUUACAACAGACUGAAAUUUAUUAUUUAUACGAUACAAUAUUCCGGUUAAGCUCAACGAACUGUUUUUUCCGUUUGACUACGCAGUAACUGCAUUAGUUGGUGUACAUAAUACAAAGUGAGAAAUUGUGAAAUGUAUAACACGUGUGCCGUAUGUUUUUCAUUGUUUGUUUUUUGUACUCGCUUAUUUAUGUAUAGAAUUAAGACUUUGAUGUUUACAUGUAAAUGUGAAUUAUAAAGGAGUACAACGUAAGUGUAUCAAAAUUUGUUGUAUCGGAGUGAAACAAAGUGAAGAGUUUGGGACUUUCACUACUGGAUCUUCAAUCGUUGAU